CCCCGCUGGAGUGUUCAGUGUUCAGUGAGUGACCAGACUAAAGAAGAAGAAACUGCCUGUCAGGAUGACAAGUAGACUUAACAGAAGAUACUCUGAAAUAUACCCCAUUCUUUGUUGCACCUGCACUUUUUAGCCAGUAGCCGUUUUUGGCAAGGAUAUCUAGACAUUUGUACAGAUGACAUCUUGAAUUCUGUUUUUAAGCCUGCCAUCCUACCCCUUUUUCUCCUUCCCUCCCCUUUCCCCUUUUGUUUCUCCAUCAACCCCUUUCUCUCCUCCCCCUCUUUCCUUCUGUUUUUCUCCAGAGAUUUCCAGUUUUUGAACACCACACUGUUCUUACCUCCUGACCCUCCACCCCACGCACACGAAGAGAGAGAAGCACAGAGAAGCCAUGAUUCCUCUCCGUGUACCCCUCUUGGCUGCACUGUUCAGCCUAGCCUUUUGCCAGUAUUAUGACUACGACUACCGGCCUGUUUCCAUGCUGGGACCAUCUGGGCCAAACUGUAAUCAAGAGUGCGACUGCCCUAUCCAUUUCCCUAGUGCCAUGUAUUGUGAUAGCCGCAAGCUUAAAUUUGUCCCUGUAGUUCCAACAGGGAUCAAGUACCUUUACCUGCAGAACAACUUGAUUGAAGAGAUCAAGGCAGGAGUGUUUGAUAAUGUCACUGAUACCCUGCGCUGGCUGAUACUUGACAACAACCACAUCACUAAUGCCAAGAUUGACAAAGGCACAAUUGACAAACUAAAUGGACUAGAGAAAUUUUACUUCAGCUCCAACAACCUUACAGAGCCCGUUAUUCCUCCCUCAAAGGUCCUUGAGGAGCUGAAAAUGACGAACAACAAGUUGUCCAAGUUUCCCUCUGGACUCUUGAGCGAUAAGGAGAAUUUGACCUCUGUCAACCUGCAGCACAAUGAAUUAACCUCCGAUAGCAUUGCAGGCGCUUUCAAGGGGUCAAAGGCUCUGCUGUCCCUGGAUGUAAGCCAUAACAAGCUGAAGAAGCUGCCAACUGGAAUCCCCAGUUCUCUGGAAAUCCUCUAUGCUGACUACAAUGAGAUAGAAGGCGUCAGUGCAGGAUACCUGAACAAACUGCCUUCACUUCGGUACCUGAGGAUCUCUCACAACAAGCUGGUGGACUCCGGCAUCCCUGCUGGAGUCUUCAAUGUGACAUCACUUUUGGAGCUGGACCUCUCUUUCAACAAGCUGCAGUCUAUUCCCGAAAUCAAUGAGCAGCUGGAGCAGCUCUACCUGCAAGCCAAUGACAUCAAUAAGUUUGACCUUUCAAGUAUCUGCAAGUUCGUUGGACCCCUCAACUACUCUCGUCUGAAACAUCUUCGUCUGGACGCCAACAACAUCACACAAAGCAGCAUGCCCCCCGAAACUGCCAACUGUCUGCGCCAAGCUAUGGAUGUCAUGGACACUCGUAGAUCUGAAGACAAUAUCAAAAUGGCCCUUCUCCAGAAUCUUCUCUGCAUCUUGUGCCUGGUAGGACUAAGCGUCAACCAGGACAUGCCUUAUGAGGAGUUAAUGGCCCAGAUCCAAGCCUGCCCUCGGGAAUGCCACUGCCCCCCAAACUUCCCUCGUGCUGUCUACUGUGACAAUAGAGGCCUCAAGAGCAUCCCCAAAAUCCCUCCCCAUACAUGGUACCUCUAUCUGCAGAACAAUCUAAUAGAGACUCUCCCAUCAGACGCCCUGCAGAAUGCUACGCAGCUGCGCUGGUUGAACCUGAACCGUAACAAAAUUACAAGCGAGGGAGUGGAAGAAGGCAUCCUGAGUGCAAUGACUCACCUCGCUCACCUGUACAUGGACGAUAACAUCCUGUCCUCCGUGCCGGCUCCCCUACCAGCCAGCCUGGAGCAUCUACGUCUCUCUCGCAAUCGUAUCUCCAAGAUCCCUGCCGGAAUCUUUCUUGGACUUGAUAAGCUCACCCUGCUGGAUCUCCAAGGAAAUAAGCUUAUGGAUGAUGCUGUGACUGAAGUGAGCCUUAAGGGUCUCAGCAAUUUGGUACAGAUUAAUCUUGCUAAGAAUCACCUGAGUAGCAUGCCUCUCGGAUUACCACCCACAACCACGCAGCUUUUUCUCGAUAGCAACAACAUUGAGAAGAUACCAGCUGGUUACUUCAAAGAUUUGCCCAAAAUGGCAUUUCUGAGGCUCAACAACAACAAGCUCGGCAGCAGUGGGGUUCCAAGAGACGUUUUUAAUGUCUCCAGUAUUUUGGAUUUGCAGUUGUCCCACAAUCAGCUGACUGAGGUUCCCAUAAUUUCUUCGGGCCUGGAACACCUUCACCUGGACCACAACAAGAUCACAAGUGUGAGUGGCUCUACUGUCUGCCCAGUGUCCGGUGCUCUGGACGAGUCACUGAAUGACAGCGGGCCUCAGCUGCGUUACCUCCGACUGGAUGGCAAUGAAAUCAACCCCCCAAUUCCCAGGGAUGUCAUCACGUGCUUCCGUCUCCUCAGGUCUAUCGUCAUCUGAACAGAAAACCAACAACGCUUUGCAUGCAAAUCAUGACGUACAUUUUUCAAUAACUAGACUUGAAUGCUGAUGAGACCAGUGAAAGCAUACAUGUUUCUGUGUUUGAGAAAUAUCUGAUGCUACUUCUGAAAUGAUCGUAUUGUUGCAUCCAUGAAACACCUUUUUAUGGGGAAUGUGAUUUUAACUCAAAGAAAAAUUACACUGAUGGGUUGGUGUUAAGUUGUAACAAUGUGCUGUCUGCUAGUUGUGCCUUAUGCUGUUGUAAAAUAUGUCAAGUGAUGUUGAGACUCUUGUUGAGACUCUUGAGACAAAAUGUUCUAUGAUUUAGCACAAUAGUAGAAAAAUAAUGCAGAAAACAUUUCUAUUUAUGCAAUGUGGUGAGCUUUGAGGACUCAGUGUUAUUUUGGUCACAUUGAGCAGGAGCAGAACCUUUUGAAUGCUUAGGAAAAUCAUCUUUAUAUUUUUUCUUUAACUACUUUACAUUUGUUGGCUUCAAACCAAAGUAAAGGUUAUGUGUUCUAGGUCUAAGUUCAUAUUUACAUAAAGAACAUUUCUUACAUUUCCUUACAAAUACACAUAUAUAGGUCAAAUAUUUAUAUUUGAUAUUUAGGGAAACAUUUGUUGAAUCCUGUGAAUAUUCAUGGCCAACAUUCCUUAAAGUUUUAUAUAAAAAAGAAAAUGUGAAUCUUUUUGUUUUAAAAAUGCCAACACACUCUUUGACUCUGGCCACUGUGUCUGAAUAAGCAGAACAGGUGAUUUCAUUUAAAAGUUUCUCUAAUAUGAAUAAAAACCUCUCAGAGUGAAUGCA